AUGAAGAACAAUCUCAAAACUCGUGCUGUAUCACCUAAAUCCUUCCCUUUAGAUCCCCGCUAUGAACAAACACGCACCCCUAUCCGAAGUCUGCGGCCUGGCGAGCGCAGUACUGAACACCCUUCGCGCGAUUCCAGUCUCCUUCUGAGCCUUCCCGAUGAAAUUCUUUGGCUUAUCGUGGAACUUAUCGCAGAAGAGAACCAAGGCCGGUCCUUAUCCCAGUUCGCGCUGGUGAAUCGGCAAAGCUGGCAGCUUGCUCGGCCGUACCAGUUUGCUGACGUCUGGAUCACUCGCAGCGAGCUAUCAUCCGACUUCCUGCGCCACCUGGAGACCGAGGUUGACAGAGGAAAGGAAUCAUUUAUUGGAAGUUGCAUCCGAUCUUUGACUAUCACCGUCGAUGAAGACUUCGAAGACGACUUUGCAUUUGGAAUUCCAGCCCAAGACGGCUCCUUCGUGGAAGACUGGACGGAUGAAUGGCAGAUGUUUAUCGAAAGAAUCGGUAUCGUCGUCAGAACGUCCCUGCCGAACCUUCUUCAGGUGUAUUGGAUGGACAUAGGUGAUCUGGACCCUCAAAAACAUCUUCUCCCUGCAAUAAUUGAGCGUGCUACACCGCCUGGCCGCUUGGAAACGCUUUAUUUGGAGGAUUGGGGAUUCGCCUUCAACGAUUUAGAAGAGGUCCACUCUGUCUUGCAGCCCUUCAACCGCAACCAGCCAUAUUGCCUUCGCGAUUUGGCUUUUGGAUUCAGUCGAUUCCCGCCGGGCUAUAGUGAUCCGGACGGUGCGACGAUGCUUCUCUACGAGACUCUUUUGCGUCGGUCUGCAUCCACUCUCGAGUCUUUUGUCUGGAGCUCGCAGGUUCCUGGUGCUCCCAUUACGGAAGACGUGUACGGAGGCCCGACCAUGGUCAUGUUUCGCAACGGCUUCAUUCCCUUUGAGAGACUCAAUAAGUUCUGGGCUUUCAUCACAGAUGAAAUCCAGUUGACCGUCAUAGAGUCUUUCUUGGCCGCGCCUUUGAAAAGCUUCGCGCCUUCGAGACAGAUUUGCUCCUUGAUUUUAUCAAGCAGUCUGCCCGAAAAGUACCCUUUACCUCACCUUCGCACAUACGCGGUAACCGGCGUGGCAAGUGAAAUCAUGUUCAAGGACAAAGUAGAUUACAUCGACCAAGUCAUGAAACUGGGGCGCCGGUAUGGUCCGCAGCUCGACGAACUCUUCGUGUACCUUCGAAAAGAGCCCCUUUUUGGCGAACCAGACCUGGAUGUGUUUCUACCUCACUUCGCAAGCGGGAGCUUCUCUAAUUUACGCUCAUUGUGCUUCUCCUGGGACACGGAUGACGACCUAAAGAUGCUGCAGGCUGUUGGUUCGAAUCUAUCAGCGUUGGAGGAGCUGUCCUUUGGUUUUGGACCCAAGUCCGAUGAGACUGCAUCAUUUACACCUUUCUGCCCGGAUUUCGAGCUGUACGUUCGUAGCCCACCACGUCACGUUGACAUCAUUGCCGCUAUUCGGCCUCUUCAAAACAUGGAGAGGCUGAGCGUAUUUGGCGACGAAUAUGUUGCGGAUUGGGCGAGUGACGACUGGGCGUGGCACCGUUUCUUCAAAGAUCACGUCUGGUUUUAUCAGGGGCGCAGCUUUGUCAAACGAAAGAGUGGGAAAUUCCCCGGAGAAGGCCAGUCCUGGUCCGAGGCAGAACGCGGCCACAAAAGACCUGGAGAUGAAGUGGAGGAUUGGCUGACGCCUUGGAUCACUCGGACUGAGACUCUUGAGGACGCACGCCAUGCUGUCGCUGAUUUGGCGGUGGAAUAUGCAGAGGCUUUACCCAAACUGAAGGAGUUUAUGAGCGGAAGGGUCUUGGUUGACAUCACAGUCAGAUGA